CUCUCACCACUCCUCACCUGGGAACUUAAGAGCUUAGAAGGUGUCCAUGGGCUCUGGCUGGGUGGGACUUCUGUGUGCAGGCCGGUCUGUAGGAGCUAGGCAGAGGCAGUAGGCAGGCGUGGGAGUGGAAGAGCCCCAGGCUGGGGGAAGUAACUUGCCAGGAUUCCUAGAAUGGCUGGGAAGGAGCAGAGCCCCCUCCCCUGUUGGCCAGGGGAGGAGGUGCAGUGGGGUCUCCAGCACUUCUCUGGCCCCACCCUGACCCACUUAGCCUUGACUCACUCGUUCUGAGUCAGAGUCUAGAUAUAAAGACACCGCCUGGGAGACACAUGUCAAUACUGGGGGUACAGGCCUCCCCUGAGACCUCAUAUCCUCUAUGUUGUGGAUGAAGAACUGCCUUUCACUUCCAAAUGCAAGAUAAGACAUUUCCUUUGUGACUUGAAGGAUGAAGGGUCCACUGGAGAAGGAAUGUCUCCCCUUUUUGGGGUGAGGGGUUGGGAAUUCCAUUAAGUGAAAAGAGCACUGCUUUCCUGGCCCUUCCCCACAGGUGCCUACUCUCAAGGUCAGAUGGGGUGGGGGUGGCAUUACCCUUUUGGGGGUAGAUGCCCAUCUGCCCAGGUCCUUGGCCUCCCUCUUUCCUCUCAACCCACCCUUUAUUUUGCUAGAAGUCAGCAGGGUGGGUAUAUGUGGUGUGUCUCGUUCUAUUUUUAAUUCCCAUCCAUUCUUUUGUUUCUCCCCCGCCCCUGAGGCUGGGCAGCUGGUGGCCUCCUGGAUCCCAUCACAGUGUUCGGCUACCUCUCUCUUUGAGUUUGUUUCCCAUGGGAAAGAGACUGAAGGUUGGAGCGCCGCUUUGCCUGGUCUCAGCUCCUUGAGAGAACCUCAUUGAUGAGAUGCCGGAGGCUGCCGUGAAAUCAACAGCCAACAAAUACCAAGUCUUUUUUUUCGGGACCCACGAGACGGCAUUCCUGGGCCCCAAAGACCUCUUCCCUUACGAGGAGUCCAAGGAGAAGUUUGGCAAGCCCAACAAGAGGAAAGGGUUCAGCGAGGGGCUGUGGGAGAUCGAGAACAACCCCACCGUCAAGGCUUCUGGCUACCAGUCCUCCCAGAAAAAGAGCUGUGUGGAAGAGCCCGAAGCCGAGCCCGAAGCCACUGAGGGUGACGGCGACAAGAAGGGGAACGCCGAGGGAAGCAGCGAUGAGGAAGGGAAGCUAGUCAUUGACGAGCCAACCAAGGAGAAGAACGAGAAGGGAGCGCUGAAGAGGAGAGCGGGGGACCUGCUGGAGGACUCCCCCAAACGUCCUAAGGAAGCAGAAGACCCUGAAGGCGAGGAGAAGGAGGGGGCCGCCUUGGAGGGUGAGAGGCCCCUCCCAGUGGAGGCAGAGAAGAACAGUACCCCGUCUGAGCCCGGCUCUGGCCGGGGGCCUCCUCCAGAGGAAGAAGAGGAGGAAGAAGAGGAAGAGGCUGCCAAGGAAGACUCGGAGGCCCCGGGCAUGAGAGAUCACGACAGCCUGUAGCCACCAAUGUUUCAAGAGGAGCCCCCGCCCCGUUCCUGCUGCUGUCUGGGUGCUACUGGGGAAACUGGCCAUGGCCUUCAAACUGGGAACCCCUUCCCCACCCCAAUCCACUCUCCUUUUCCCACUCACUCCCCCCUUCUGAGCUCAGACCCUGGAGAUUGACCCCGAUGGGGCAGGCCACAUGGCCCUCACCUCAGUGUCCCCACACACCUGUGACCUGAGUCAGGUCCAUGUCUUCUGCUCUGUGGGAUGAGAUGAGGCCAUUGUGUCCCUCCCUGCCUGGAGUUGUUUCCCAGUGUACUUGUUAGGGCCUGGACCGGCUAUUUCCAUCUCCUGACACCCUUCGCCCCCUUCCCCGGGCAUUCUAGAUGUCUAGGUUGGCUGGGAUCAGGGCUAUGAAUGGAAGGGAUGGAGAAUAAAUAGCAGGGUGGGCUUCUGGAGUCUGGGAGGGGCAAUCUUCAAAUUGGGGUGGGGGGUUGGGUAAGAGGAUGACAUCUCCCUGAGCUCCUGUCCCUUCCUCCCACACCUAUUAUCCCAGCUGCCUGGAUUCAGGGAAAGUGGGACAGCUGGGGUGGGUGGCGUGGGGAGUGGGAGAGGCGCUCCCUUCCAUAAAUCUUUGAUUGAUAGUGCCCAGUUGUCUCACUUAUGCAGACCCCAGGUGUUGUGGGAGUUACAGUUUAUCAUCAAAAGAUUUGGGGUCUUCCAAGUUCUUUGGGUCAAGGACCUGAGAUCUGAAGGACUGACUUCACCCAGCUUGGGUGGGAGUGUUGAGAGUAUUCAUCCCCCUUUAGAUCUCAGGCCAGAGAUGGGAUGCCCUGGGGAGACCCUUAGCUACCCUUUUCCCUCUUCUCACAGUGCUCAAGGCCAGCCUAUAGUCACACACAUCACCCAGACAUAAAGGAAAAGACACAUUUUUUAGGAAAUGUUUUUAAUAAAAGAAAAUUACAAAAAAAAUUUUAAAGACCCCCCCCAUCCCUUUGUGUGCCGCCCACUCUUGCCCCCAUUUCUGAGGUGCACUGGGAGGCUCUCCUUCUGUUUGGGGCUUGAUGACUUUUCUUGUUGUAGUUGGAGCUUUGGUGUUCCUGCUGAUGUCAUUUCCCAUCCACACACCCCCGACCUGGUCCACUCAGUGUUGUCACCAGAUCCGAUUUGUAACCCACUGAGAGGCCAGAGGGAAAUAAUCGCCCUCUCCCAACCUCUUUCUAGUGGUUUCUUUGCCUCUUUGGUUUCUUGUCUCUUUCACCCUUGCCCCGCUCCCUUGGGCUCUGAUGAAAACUUGCUGACUGUAGCUUUGGAAGUUUUAGCUCUGAAAACCGUAGAUGAUUUCAGUUCUAGGAAAAUAAAACCCAUUGAUUACUACA